CACAAGACAUUGAGAUUUUGCCAAAUUAUGACACUGGGUUCUCAUCCAUAGAGUCUAUCAUUAUAAUUACUAUUACACAUCUUUUCAUUUAUUUCAGGUGUACUUAAGUACACGUAAUUAAACUGUUGCUUGUAUACUGGUACAUUUUUGUUAUAUAAAAUGGAUCAGACUAAAUAUACUUUAGAGUAAAGCUCAUUCUUAAAUGUUAAUUAGAAUAUCGUGGUGAUAUAAACUUUUAACAAAGUUUAUAAAUGAAAAUAUUAAGAUGGUAUUUAUAGCUUAACAUUUUGCAUAGAUCUCAGCAGAAAGUAAAACAAUCACUGGGAAACUAUACUCUCGUGAAAACAACUACCUGCACACUGAAUAGUGUUGAAGCCAUCUAGGAGGUGUCAUUUAUUUGCGAUCUCUGAGAGGCUCUUGAGGGUAUUGCACAAGCAUUGUGAGGCCAAUACUGUAUAAGUGAGGCAAAAGGGAAAAAAAACAUGGCUGGCUGUUUCUUUUUGCCUCGCUAUAUAAGCCUCACAGUAUCUGUGUAUUUGGCUGAGGAAGACCUCCUCAGAGUUUGCAACGUCUCCAAAUAAAUUAUACCUCCUACGGGGAUUCAUAACUACUCAGUGUGCAGGUAAAUCAGAUUAAAAUGUGAAAUCUAACAUGCGCCUGUGCAAGAGGUAAAGGCUAUGCCCAGAGAGCUGCAGAGUCCAUGGGGUGGUAGGAAUGAGGAAGAGGUGGUAACAGUGUUAUGGCUACAGAUGUUUGUUUUUUUUAACAACCAUAAUGAACAUAAAAAAAUAAACUCAACAUUAGCCUUGACUGUCAGGGCUAUGUUUAGGUGUAACAAAAUGGGUCCUAAAGGCCAAAUUCAAAAGCAGUGACACUGCCAACUGCAAGCAGUUCACUGCGUUUGGAGGUGGUCUUUAAGGCAAUUAGCUACUGUACUUAAAAACAUAUCUUUUCCUCGAGGUGUGAAAUGAACGCCAUCUUUAAAAAAUAGCCCUGGACUGUCAUGUGUAAUCUGAUGGUGCUCAAUCAUAACACCGUUUAAGCUACGAACAAAUGUAGCUGUAACACUGUUGAUUUCCUGGCCUUGUUGAGCUUCACCAGAUUGGCACUAGCCUUCCACUGGCACUUUUUGGGUCACAGACAAAAACAUGAUCUUCAUGCCAGGGUGCUGUGAAGCUGGUGCAGGUCCUCCAUCAUGUUGACCAGCUUGAUGCUGCUGACAUCCCCAUAUCGUUGCAGCUCUCUCACCAAUGAUCCACACUGUGAUUAUGGGAGGAAAAUAAAAUUGUGUAAUAAAUGCUUCAGGUAAUGAAAAAUAUAAAGUUAACUAUAAAGGGUGGCUCCGUUUCUCAUGUUUACAAUAGUUAUGUCACAUCUGUAGGAGAAAAUGGAACAAGGGAGCAACACUUGAAAAUAUAGAUGACAGUCUUCUAUACAAUCUAUCUGUAAGCCGCUAUGCAUCAACGCAUCUGCAUUGAAAAUUGAACUGCAGAUUUUCGAAUUUCUUGUUUGGUAUAAUUCAUUAAUAGGCUUUAAAAAAAAAAAAGCAGCGAUAAUAAUUAUGACUAUGCAAUCACAUGUAGGUAACUUAACGUUAUCUUAUUAACGUUAACUUAUUAAAAGUAGCGUUAUAUUUGCCACUUUGCUUAGGCUAAUUCAUGGUAACUGGCCAAAUUUAUGCAAGUCUCGACAAAAUCUAGUGUUGCAAAUUGCAACAAUUAUAUAUUUAAAAAACGUUGAGCAUUUUAAAUCUUGUGCAGUAUAAUUUUGAUAACACAUAAAUCAUUAUUUCAUGUUUUGUUAUAGUUUGUUGUAGUUUGAUGUUAACUUACCUCAAGAAUAAACUGGGAUGACAACUAGGUACCAUCCAUAGACCAUCAACUGCCAGGUACCUCAGCUCCACCAACAUUCUACCUCUUUGCCCAUUUUUGGUUAUCCAGGAGUUGGGCCGAGUGACACACUGCCAAGAUGGCGAUGGCAGGUGCCGCCCAGUUUGAGCUUCAAAAUGGCUCUUUGGAAACCUAUGGGAAAAUGAGUGAGCUGGAGGAUAUCAGCCAUCACAUUCAUGACAGGAUAUCAUCCUUACAACGCAUGCUGGAUCUGUCCGUUGUUGAAUUGCCUCAAAAUAAGAUUAAGAAACUUGGACAAGAACUCUUUGCACUAGAGAGACUUCUGGAGGAGUUUGAAAAAUGUGUUGGCCAACAGAAAGAGCAACUAAAGCAUUUGAAGGAAAUUGAGGAGUUAUUCCAGAAGAAUUUGGAGGAUGUCCAGCACAUUAAGGACAACAUACCUGUGCACAUGCCCAGGAAGAAAGUCCCAGCAAAUGGGAGUGAACCUGUAAUGAACCUGAAUGAAGCAGCAGAUGGUCAGCCAGCCCAGCUGGAAAAUGUCAACAAGACCAACAAGAGCUUUGUCAGAGAGAUGGAGUUUAUCACUAUGCCAGAGUUUGAGGGCAUCCCUCAGUACAUGAAGGGACGCGUAUCAUAUGAUCAACUUAAUGCUGCGGUGCAGAGCAUUAACACAGCUAUAACAGCCAAGUACAAGAUCCUCCAUCAGUCGGUGAAAACUCUCAACAAUCAUGCACGCAAGCUGCACCAGCGCUUUAAGGACCAGGAGACCAAAGAUACAAAAGGUCAGUAUUUUGUGGUGGAGGAUGACAUUCGUGAAUUUACUCAGAUGAAGGUGGACAAACGAUUUCAGGGGAUUUUGAACAUGCUGCGACACUGCCAGCGUCUACGGGAGCUUCGAGGGGGGGGCUUCACCCGCUAUAUGUUGUUAUGAAUGAACAAGACUCAGACGGAUUACGUUUUCAGUUCCUUCAUUAUUUUUCUUCAUUAUGGUGACAUAGGCCAUAGUAGGUUUGUAAAGGUGCAUAUUUUCUGCUUAAUUAUAGUCACACUAGUAUAAGACUUUUUACACCCUGCAUAUUUGGAAGACUGAUCUGACUCUCAAACACUACAAAUGAGAGGUUUCUGAUUUGUCAGGUUAGUUAUAUUAGCCAGCAGUUUGAUUAGGUUAGUGGCCUCACUGAGUUAUUAUAUUACAGCACAUUCUCGACAGUAAAAAGUGACAUUGUGUCCCUCACAGAAUGUGACCAGACUCAAAAGAGUGCCUCUGAGUCCACUCAAACUGUCAUCUAAAUGUACACACUUAACUGAUUUACCUGGGGAUACGCCUUCAUUUGCCACCUGUAUGUGCACAUUUGCACAUAAUACUGGAAUAUGUAUACAUGUAUGUAUGUAUGUUGUGGUAUAAAUAAUUAUAAAUGAAACAGAUUUUUUUGUUUUAUAUAUAUCAUUGUUCCAAAUGUCAACAAAAUUUGGUAUUUUUACUUUUAAACAAAAUAAAAAGAAAAGAAAAUCGUCUUGUGAUUAA